AUGGCUGCCAAACCAAACAACCCACAGGCCUUGGCUGAGUUAGCACACAAAUAUAGGGAUCUCGGCAGAUGGGCUUCCAAUGUUCAAACCCCCCUUGCCAUGCGAGUACAAACCAUGCAAACUGGCAGAGAAACUCACGACGACGUCGAGUUCAACCCUGAGCAAACCAACUCUCGUCUUUCACAGGGAAUGGACUUGGAGACUACAGAUGCUGUUGUGUACAGAAUGGACAGGCUGGUGCAGGAUCUUUUGGCCUCCCGCAAAGAUCUGGAGAACGAAAAGAGAAAGACAACGGACAAGGAUGUCGAGAUCGCUCAAUUGAAACAAGAGGUGGCCCAUCUCCUGGACAGAGCUCACGAGGAGGGGCAAAAGCGAGAAGCAGCAGAGGCUGAGAUGCGGGAACUUGGGCGAAUGAGCGUGGUAAGCUCAGUAAACUGCGAGGAAGUGGAUGAAUUGCGGCGGCUGUUGGUGUUUCACAAGACGAAUGGGGAACAGUUGUCGAGGAAGCUCAGGGACUUGCAAGCCACCUACAAGGAUCUUGAAGCCCAGCUGCAGGUCACCGAGACGGCGCUUCAGGAGCAGAUGUCACUUGUGUCAGGCUUGGGUAUAUGCGCACACGGAGACAAUAGUAGCGACUCCUAG